AUGGAUCUGCAGACAGGGCAUGUGACCUGGGAGAGCAGGCACACUUGGAGGGAGAGUGGAGUGAAAUGGCCUGCUUUUUGUCUUCCAGCUAUUCCUGCUGCUGAGAUCUCCGUGCCAGUGGUGGCAGCCCCAGGAAGUGACAUCACCCUCAGCUGUUCUUUUCCACUCAGUGAAACUGACCUACUCUUCAAUCUAAUAGUGGUCUGGGAGCAUGGUGAUGAGGUGGUGCACCGUUACUACAAAGCAACAGGCCAUCUGGAGGAGCAGAGUCCAGCAUACAGGGGGCGCACUCAGCUGUCCCCAGACAAGCUGGCUGUGGGCGAUGCCUCACUCAGGCUAACGGGGGUGCGAGCGAGUGACCAUGGCAUGUACACGUGCGAUGUGACCAAUGAGCAGGGCAGGAAGAUUUGGAAGCAGAUUUUUCUAGCAGUAGCAGCUGCAUAUGAUGAACCUGAGCUUGCCAUCCAGACCACCUGCGACAGCAUCAUCCUCACCUUCCUCUCCACCCUGGGCUUCCCUGAGCCCACUGUGCUAUGGAGAACCGAGACAGGAAGUGACAUCACCAACCGGAGCAACACCACUAUGGUCCUGAAAGGAGGGGGAAAACAUUAUGAGGUGGUGAGCGAGAUGGUGCUGAAGCAGAGUGACCCACUCAAUUGGACUGUCACAUUUGAGAUGAGGCUGGAGCUCCUCAACCAGAGCUUCUCCCGCUCCGUCAGCCUCCGCUCACUCCCAGAUUGCCGUGGAACGCCAGUGGAACCAAGGAACAGACUGUCUCUGCUUGUACCGCUAUUAGUGGUACUGGCUUGCUUAGUCAUUACUGUCUUCUGGUACAAAAAAUGCCUGUCGCAUGGACCUGGGAAAGUUGAUGUUCCCAUUGGAACAGAACCGGUUGCAGAGGAAGAAGAGGAAGAAGAGGAAGAAGGCCCAGUCUCAGUCUCAGGCCCAGUCUCAGGCCCAGUCUCAGGCCCAGUCUCAGGCCCAGUCUCAGGCCCAGUCUCAGGCCCAGUCUCAGUCUCAGGCCCAGUCUCAGGAUCCGGCCCCGGCUCCCUCCAGGUUCAGAUCGAAGGACCUCCAUGUUCACCUGAAGUCUCACGGUCACCUGAGACCCUGUACUCGCCCUGCGCUCUCCUGAAGCCCCGUGUCCUUCUGAAGCCCUGCGCUCUCCUGAAGCCCCGUGUCCAUCUGAAGCCCCGUGUCCAUCUGAAGCCCUGUGUCCGUCUGAAGCCCCGUGUCCAUCUGAAGCCCCGUGUCCAUCUGAAGCCCCGUGUCCGUCUGAAGCCCCGUGUCCAUCUGAAGCCCUGCACUCUCCUGAAGCCCUGUGUCCGUCUGAAGCCCUGCGCUCUCCUGAAGCCCCGUGUCCAUCUGAAGCCCCGUGUUCAUCUGAAGCCCCGUGUCCAUCUGAAGCCCCGUGUCCAUCUGAAGCCCUGCACUCUCCUGAAGCCCUGUGUCCGUCUGAAGCCCUGCGCUCUCCUGAAGCCCCGUGUCCAUCUGAAGCCCCGUGUCCAUCUGAAGCCCUGCGCUCUCCUGAAGCCCUGUGUCCGUCUGAAGCCCUGCGCUCUCCUGAAGCCCCGUGUCCAUCUGAAGCCCCUUGUCCAUCUGAAGCCCCGCUUCCGGCUACUUCCUUUGCUGCAUGUGCAGCACGUGCUCCGCAGCGGUGGCUGUCUGCUCAAAAGUUACUGCUGUUCGGAGCACCAGAAAUACAGUAAUGCUGCAGUAAUAAGUGCUAUUCCUGCUGCUGAGAUCUCCAUGCCAGUGGUGGCAGCCCCAGGAAGUGACAUCACCCUCAGCUGUUCUUUUCCACUCAGUGGAACUGACCUACUCUUCAAUCUAAUAGUGGUCUGGGUGUAUGGUGAUGAGGUGGUGCACAGUUACUACAAAGCAACAGACCAUCUGGAGAAGCAGAGUCCAGCAUACAGGGGGCGCACUCAGCUGUCCCCAGACCAGCUGGCUGUGGGCGAUGCCUCACUCAGGCUAACGGGGGUGCGAGCGAGUGACCAUGGCAUGUACACGUGCGAUGUGGCCAAUGAGCAGGGCAGGAACAAGAAGCAGAUUUUUCUAGCAGUAGCAGCUGCAUAUGAGGAACCUGAGCUUGCCAUCCAGACCACCUGCGACAGUGUCAUCCUCACCUUCCUCUCCACCCUGGGCUUCCCUGAGCCCACUGUGCUGUGGAGAACCGAGACAGGAAGUGACAUCACCAACCGGAGCAACACCACUAUGGUCCUGAAAGGAGGGGGAGAACAUUAUGAGGUGGUGAGCGAGAUGGUGCUGAAGCAGAGUGACCCACUCAAUUGGACUGUCACAUUUGAGAUGAGGCUGGAGCUCCUCAACCAGAGCUUCUCCCGCUCCGUCAGCCUCCGCCCACUCCCAGGUAGGGGGCAGAUACUGCGCAUACUGAACACAGGGCUACCCACACAAGGCACAAUUUUGCAGAAGGGCAGACGGGGCUCGGGACCCAGAGACGGGCAGACGGGUCUCGGAACCUGGAGACGGGCGGACGGGGCUCGGAACCCGGAUUCAGAUUGCUGUGGAACGCCAGUGGAACCAAGGAACAGACUGUUUCUGCUUGUACCGCUAUUAGUGGUACUGGCUUGCUUAGCCAUUCCUGUCUUCAGGUACAAAAGCAGCCUGCCGCAUGGACCAGGGAAAGUUGACGUUCCCGUUGGAACAGAACAGUAAGAUAAGAACAGUGUGGGUGAUUUGCCACAAUGAGGUUUGAGGAGGAGUUGUAGGAGGAGUAACUGUACAAUUU